ACCACACCACGAUAGCGGCGAAGCAGAAGCCUCCCGCACUUGCUGCUCUCCCCUUCCACUCUCAUCCCCUUCCCCUCCCACCACCCUUCGCCAUGGCCGUCUCCACCUCCGCCUCCUCCACCCUCCCGCUCCUCUCCCUCCAUCGCGCCGCGGGGAACCCCAACCCGGCCGCACUCUCCUUCCCGCCUCCCCUCCGCGCGCCCCCGCUCCGCUCCCGCGCCGCCGCUGCCGCGGCCUCCGCCGCAGCACCGCCCGCCGAGACCAUCCCCGACAUGCCCGAGGAGACGGAGGGGACGGGGAUUCCGAUGCCGUCGUCGAUUGGGGAUGAUGGGGAGCAGUUACUUUUUGGUGCUACUGCUGGAAAAGAAAUUGUUACAAGGCCUUGUUCACAAUUGCACUCCUCGUUAAGUGAUUCCUCCAAUGUAUCACAAGAGAAAAUAGUGAUAACAAACAGAUAUGGAGAGAAAAUCGUUGGUCUUUUGCAUGAAGCUGGAUCUAACGAUAUUGUAGUUUUGUGCCAUGGAUUUAGGUCAUCAAAGGAAAGUAGAACCAUACUAUGUCUCAGUGAUGCACUAACUUCAGAAAAUAUUAGCGUAUUUCGUUUUGAUUUCACUGGCAAUGGAGAAAGUGAAGGCACAUUCCAGUAUGGCAACUAUUACAAAGAGGUGGAUGAUUUGCGUGAUGUAAUUCUACAUUUCAAGAAACACAAGCGUGACACCCGCGGUAUUGCUGGCCACAGUAAAGGAGGAAAUGUGGUCAUCCUGUAUUCAUCCAUUCAUCGAGAUGUAGCUAGUAUUAUUAACAUGUCUGGAAGAUUUGAUCUAAGACGUGGAAUUGCUGAUCGUCUUGGAAGUGAUUAUAUGGAAAAGAUAGACCGGUAUGGGUUCAUUGAUGUGGGAGUGAAAACAGGACGUUCCAUCUACCGUGUAACCAAAGAAAGUCUGAUGGAUCGCCUUAAGAUAGAUAUGAAGAGUGCAUGCAUGUCUAUUGAUCCUAAAUGCAGGGUUCUGACAAUUCAUGGUUCUGAUGAUGAUAUUGUGCCAUCAGAGGAUGCCCUAGAAUUUGACAAAUAUAUAAGCAAUCAUGAAUUGAGUAUUAUUGAAGGAGCUGAUCAUAGAUAUUCAUUGCAUCACCUUGAGUUGGCUACCAUUGUACUGAAAUUUAUUAAGUAUGAGUGAGAGAAGAUUGUUAAAAUAAAUGUAACCAUGGCAUUAUAUGUUUUAUUUCAAUAACCUUAUUAUGGUUAUUCACUGAUUCAUUUCACUGUUUAUCUUUUGUUUUUCCAAAUUCUACAGAAUUUAGGAAAAUAUUUCUACUUGAGUGUGUACUGCUUCCCACAUUGUACUCAAGCUAACUCUGACAAUGGUAGUGAAUAUGCUAA